CCGCCGCCGUCGGGAAAACCGGGCAGUGUGCGCGAUAAAAUUCACGGCGUUCCCUCGUCCAAGCUCGUCGCCGUCGUCCGCGCUCGACAACCGUCGCGCGCAACGUUCCCCAUUUCAUACAGAGGUGUUCACCGACGGCCGUCUUCCGCGAGUCUCUUAUCGUAGUAUAAGGCGUCGUCGUUGGGUUUCACGUUUACCGUAGUUUUCGACCCCGCCGCCGUCGUCGUCAUCCCCGACGAGACGUCGUUUUCGAGUUUCGACAUCGAUCUUGGGUUCGUUUAUUAUUGUUUUUUUUUUCUUGUCACUGCGAGACCCGAUGUCGUUGGGCCGAGUCCAGUACACCGCAAAUGCCACGGCACAAAAUUAUCAAUCAAUCACUUACAGAACAUGCUGAAAAUACACAAAGGACUAAAAAAAAAGAAGAAAAAUAAGAAAAAUAAACAUAAAGAAGAAGAACUUUUUAACGAAGAAGAACUUGAAAAAUAUCGUCGAGAACAUCAAGAGGGAAAAGUAGCUGAAAGUGAAACAGAGGGCCAAGAAGAGUGGCAGAAAUUUAAAGCAAUAACUGCAGGAAUUGAUGACGUCUUAAAAAAAACACAAGGAGAUCUUGAUCGUAUCAAGACAAACAGUUUCUUUCAAAGAAAACCUACACAGACUGAACUCAAAGCCGUCGAAGAUAAACUAGAAGCGGAAAAAAGAGCAAGAUUAAAAGAAGAAGCAAGACUUCAAGCUGAAGCAGAGGCUCUAACAGCUGCUAAAGCAAAAGAAGAAGCAGCAGCUUGUGCACCGGCUGAAGAAGAAUCAUCAGAAGAAGAAUCAGAUAAUGGUGAAGAUAUAUUUGAUACUUCUUAUGUCGAUGUUAUAACAAGUGGAGAAGUAAAGCUUGCAUACAUUCCAGAAAGUCCCACUGAAGAGAGCACAGAGUUUGAUCCCUUUGAUACAUCUAUAGUAGACAAAGUUAUCCAACCUAAUCCAUCUAAGAAGAACAAAAGAUAUAUAAGUCUUGGAUGUGCGGUUGAAGUUCUUUCCGGAAAGGAAGUUGAUAUAAAUCCAGAGGUAUUUAGGUCAAGUGCUGUGCGCAAGAGACCUAAACCUGUAAAUUUAUUAUUGGAGAGUUUUGAAGAAAGUAGUUCAAUCCCAAAACUUGCUGAUGACAAACCAUUAAAAACAUUACUUGACGACGAUCCAGAUUUACCUACCGACGCAUUACCGUUAACAAUAGUUACUCCUAUUGAGAUAAAACCACAGCCAAUUAAAAAAGAAAAUACUAAGACUCCCGAACAAGAUAUCAGUCAAAUUAUCAACGAGUUUGAUUCACCACUUAUUUUAUCUGAAACUACAAAUACACAAUUACAGCUUGAUGACGAUAUUGAUGAUGAGUUUGCUGCAUUAGCUGCUGAAUCAUUGUCAAAAUCUCCUUUACCCGAAGACGUUGAUCCUUUUGAUACAUCAUUUGCAGAUCAUCUUGUGCCUGCAAUAAAUAAUCUCACCAUUGAAAGUGAACAAGACAACCAACACACUAACGAUAAAGUAGCGGAAAAAGAAUUUUUUGAAACCGUCAGACCCCUUACUCUUGAACACAGAGAUUUAUUGGGUGGAAGUACUACUGAUUUAUCAGUUAUUGGACAUAAUCCAAUUGAGCCCCAUAAUCCGACAUCUGAAACUACUCAUAUUGAUCCAUUUGAUACAUCUAUUGCAGAAAGUUUGUUACCUGGAAAAGGAGAAUUAAAAUUACUCGAAAAAGAAUUAUUAGAAGAUUCUAAAACUAUUUGUAAAAAAAUAAUUAUUGAAGAAGACGACGAUUUUGAUCCAAGAGCUGAAGAUAUUGUUCGACCAGCUGAACUUAAUCUAAAAGAGAAGAGAGUAAGUAUACCAAAGGUUACAUUUGCCUUAGAAAAGGAUUUGUUAACUGACGACCAUCACGGUGAGCUGCAUGUAGCAAAACCAUUGACUCCGUAUUACCCCCAGGAUCAACUAAACGAAGACAAUUUUGAAAUUGAUCCAUUUGACACGUCAUAUGUGAAACACGCGCCGGGAGAAGUUGAAUUAAAAUUGUUAGAAAGUGAAUUAGUUGAAACUGAACCCAAGAGUACAGAUAUACUGACUGAAGAAGAAUUUAUUCCUCAUAUUCUUCAUACACCUGUUGAACCAGAAAUUGCUGUUCCUGAAGAAAUCGAUCCUUUUGAUACUUCAUUUGCAAACGACGCUGUACCAAGUCAAACGGAAAUAAAAUUAUUAGAAUCUGAGUUUAUAUAAGUAAACAUGGCAAAUCCAUUUUUAAUUGAUGACGCAGCAUCUGCUUUCAACGAAAGUAGUAAUACUUUUAAUCCAUUCUUAACUAAUACAUCAGCUGAAUCAGAACCACAUAAUGAUAAUCCUUUCUUUUCGACAUUUGGUGCAUCAAACGCCGUUCCAGACAAUACAAAUCCCUUUUUGGCGUUUACACAAAAUCCUGAACCACCUCAGGCGGUGGUUGACCUUUUGGGUAUCAAUGAUAGUAAUGAUACUUCCCAAACUACUCUAAUAGAUGACGCAUCCAAAAUGAAACCUCCACCACCAAGACCGGCUCCACCAAAAAGACCACCUCCAAGACCAACACCGCCACCUCCGCCUUCACACGAAGCCAAAGAACUUAUUCUCAGUGUAACAGGAGAGAUGGAUGCUACUUCAUCACAUUUAUUGGACAGAUUGGGCAAAACUCCCAGUCCUACUCCAAUGCGAGACUUACUAUCUCCUAGCCCUACACCCACAGCUGACCUAUUAGGGUGCGAAGAUCUUCAACCUCCGAUAAACUCUCAAACGUCGAGUGUUUUUGAUCAAUCUAAUAUUAAUGACCUUCCUUCGGGAUCAAAACCAGAAAGACCGAAAUUUCCUCCAAAAAUUGAUUUCCUUAUGGAUGAUUUAUUAGAAGAUGUUCCAAUCCAGGAAGGCAUACAGCCUGAAGAAUGUUUAGUAAAAAGUAGAACACCGUCAAUCACAGAAAAUCCACCAUUACCUGUGGGAUCAAAACCAUCUUCAAGAAAAUCUUCUAAUGAAUUUAUUCUGCCAGUAAGAAGAUUAUCUCAUGACGUAACAGAAUCCAGAAAAAUAAUGCCCGAUUUAAGUAAAAUAGCAGAUCGUAGAAAGUCAGACAUAGGGCAUUUCGCGCCAAUAUUACCAUCAAGAAAGCCAACCAGCCAAAGUGAUCAGUCUCUACUAGAAAGUAAAUCUGAAAACAUUAUUCAAGAAAUUAAUGAACCUGAAGAUAAAUCUUGUAAUGAAAUAAUUAAAAAUAGUCCGGACUCUAAUUUAGUACCCACUGAAGAAAUUCCAGAUCAAAAAUUAAAAGAAGAAAUUAUUUCUGUAAUACCUAAAGAGAUAAACAGUCAGUGGGAUGAAGAAAAAAAUGGAUUAGAUUUUGAUUCUCAACAACAAAUAGAUUCUUCUCACCAAAUCGAAACAGAGACUUCGUCAAAUGACACAAAAUUAACACCAUCUGCUACAGAUCUUUCACCAUUAGAAUUGACCGAGAAAGAAAAUUUAUCUUUUAAUGCAUUUUAUGUAAAUACAACUUUGCCGACAUCUGAAUCAUUUCCUUCAGUUACUGAUGGAGAUGGAAUAGGAGAACACGUAGAUAUUGAUGCAUACGAUACAAAACCGAUACCACCUGUACCUGAUCCAUCGCCUUUCCAAGAAGUCCCCACUCAAGAAUCUUCAUUCAACACAGUAUUUGAAGUGUCUGAGCCAACAACGAAUACUCCGUUCGAAGUUCAAACACCACAACAAUUAGAUAAUGCGGAACCGACUGUAACUACAACUGUACCUGAGCCAUUCCCUGAAAAUACCUCUGUUAAUACAGAGACUGAAAAACACGAUGCAUUUGAUGCUUUUGCUGCAAAGUUUGAUGACUCUCAAAACGAUUGUAAUGCUUCCGGAGGGGCAUUCGAUGCAUUUGGAAGUGUUUCGGGAGGAGCUUUUGACGAUUCAGCAAUGGGUUUUGGAAACGAUGAUAACUUUGAUUCAUUCUUAUCAACACACCAAAUCCCUUCUGCGCCACAAUCAACACCAGCUAAGGUUACGAGAAAUAACUCCGGUGAAUCUUUAGACGAAAAUGAUUUCAACGUUUUUAUAAGACCUAAAACAGAAUCUGAUAAUACCGACCAAUCUGCCGUGCCUUCAAUAGCUCCUCCACCAAAAGUACCUACAAGUUUAUUUCAAGAAGGAGCACCUUCUAGAUUUAAUCCAUUUGAUCAAGAGCCUAGUGAAACGAAUUAUAAAAACCAAGUUACAUAUACUCCUCAACCUAUUCCUCAACGAACUGAUUCUCAAGAGACGCCUCCAAGUCCAUUGUUCGAUGAAGAUGUCUCUCAACCCCUUGAAGAAUUUCCAAGAGUCAAUUACAAUGGUGAUGGCUGGGCAAUGGAAUUAAGACAGCCAAACAAGAAAAAAAUCACUGCUCACCGAUUCUGGAAAAAAAUAUUUGUUAAAAUCACAUACCAGGGAGAAAAUCCUGUCCUACAAUUGUAUAAUACUAAAGAUGAUAAAGAUCCAUUCCAAGAAUUACCAUUACAGCCUAGUUAUUCCGUAUCUGAUAUUGGGGCCCAACAAUAUGAUCAAUAUGGUAAAAUAUUUACCGUCAAACUGUUAUACAUAUUCUAUAAAGAGAAAGCAGGAUUUAGACCAGGUCAAGUUACAAAAGCCGAAAGACUAACUAACAAACUGAGUCAAUUUGCAGCUUAUGCUAUUCAGGGUGAUUAUCAAGGUGUAAAAGAAUUUGGUAGUGAUUUGAAGAAAUUAGGAUUGCCCGUUGAACACGGAGCUCAAACAACGACAUUGUUAAAAUUGGGAAGUCAUAAUUUUGAAGACAUGAAACAGUUUAGUAUUUGUAUCGAAGAAGCCUUAUUUAAACUUUCUGCUCAUCGUGAUAGAGCUUUGAAUUAUAAAGUAGAAGAUGUGCAAAUAACUGCUAUUGAUGAACUAUUUGUUGAUCAAAAUUCACAAGGAUCGGUACUUAAACAAAUCGCUCGAGUCCGUUUGUUCUUCUUAGCAUUUAUGUGUGGAAUGCCUGAUGUUGAGUUGGGUGUAAAUGAUUUAGUUCGACAAGGCAAAGAAGUGGUCGGCCGUCACGACAUCAUCCCGGUAGUAACUGAAGAAUGGAUUCGAUUGGAAGGGGUUGAAUUCCACAAUUGUGUUCAACAAGAUGAAUACGAGAGAACAAGAACUAUAAAGUUUAAGCCUCCAGACGCUUGUUACAUCGAAUUAAUGAGAUUUAGAGUCAGGCCACCCAAAAAUCGUGAACUUCCGUUACAACUAAAAACAACCAUGUGCAUAACGGGAAAUAAAGUAGAAUUAAAAGGAGAUGUUCUCGUACCAGGAUUCACAAGCAGGAAAUUAGGACAAGUGCCUUGCGAAGAUGUAGCUAUAAGGUUUCCCAUACCGGAAUGUUGGAUAUACCUAUUCAGAGUAGAGAAACACUUCAGAUAUGGAUCUGUGAAAUCUGCACACAGAAGGACGGGCAAAGUGAAAGGUAUCGAUCGAUUUCUCGGUACAAUGGACAAUCUCGAACCCCAUUUGAUUGAAGUGACAUCUGGCGAGGCCAAGUACGAACAUCAUCACAGAGCUGUAGUAUGGAGAAUGCCGAGAUUGCCAAAAGAAGGACAGGGCGCGUACACAACACACAACCUGGUAUGCCGCAUGACAUUAACGUCGUACGACCAAGUUCCCGAGGAACUGGAUAAAUAUUGUUAUGUUGAGUUCACGAUGCCGACGACUCAGGUUUCGCACACCACUGUUAGGUCGGUAUCGAUUGUAAACAGCGAAAAAGAUUCACCACCUGAAAAAUAUUUGAGACUGAUGGCCAGGCAUGAGUACAGGGUGGAAAUCGAACAUAUACACGGGCAGAUCGAAGAAAACCCAUACCUAGCAGCGACUGCAAUGCCCAGAGCUACACAACAGUCGUCUGAAGCUAAAUUACCACCACCGCCUGCAUCUGACAGCGACUCUUCCUCUUAAAUAAUAUACCAUUUAAAUAAUGAAAGCUGUAAUGCUAUAAUAUAAUUGUUAUAAUUUGUUGACAUUCAAUUUUAGAUUGUGAUCUCUUCCUCUAAAGUUAGAUUAACUCAACAAUUGUUAAUAAUAUAUACUUCAUACAAUGUACAUAAUAAAUUUAGUUUAGAUUUAACGUAUUAUCGAAUACUUUAAUAAGAUAUUAUCACGAUAAGCACAUUAAAUAAAAAUAUAAAAAUCCACGCUCGAGCUGAAAAAAUCGCUUCUUAUUGCAAGAAAUAUAUUUAUACUUUAACUUUCUGUUGAAAGCCAAACUUUAAUAAAUAUGUGGUACUAUGCAAAUGAGAAGUAAGAUGCUUUCGUGAUUUACUUUUUAGUAGACAUUUUUUUUUGUUAGUGGGCUUUUCUGUAUCGGGAUUAUAAGAUGACAAUAAUACACGUCGAUAUCGUUUUACGAUAUCUUCCUAAAACAUUUUUUAUGCUCAUUUAAAAUGCUUGGGAUGUCUCAUUAAUUUUUCUAGUCACUUUUUGUAUUAGCUAUAACGAAUACGUUUUUGUUUUUCAUAUUCUGCCCGUGUCAUACAUGUGCCAUAAUAAUUAUAAUGUCAUAGGUUUUACGUAGGGAACAAUAAAACAUAAAAACCUAUACUUAUGUUUACAUAAAAUAUCCAUAUUGUAUAUUGAGUAAACAAUAAUUAUUAUUCAUUACCUAUAUAUACCUAGUGUAUUAUUAUUACUGUUAUUAUUAUUAUUUUUUUUUUUUUUAACGGAGUGACAUAUUUAUUUGAUUUUUGGUCAUAUUAUUCCUGUGUAAAUAAUUUAAUUGAAUAUUCCGUAAAUAACUAUAAGCCACACUUACACGACUAUAUAAUUUAGCGACUACGAAUUAUGUGUUAAUAAUAUUAUACAUUCGUUGUACAUACAUGUCAUAGACUAGCAUAAGCGACUUACUGUUGUUUAGAUAGAUUUGAAAUAAAUAAUAAUAAUUACCAUAAGAAUAUUAUACCCAUAAGUACUUACCGGCUGUAAUCGAAAACAUAAUGAAAAAAAAAACAAUGUUAUCCAGAAUUACCGUAAGUCAACUGAUAUUAUAUGCAGACCACGCGUGGCUAUAAUAUUAAAUAAUAUAAUGCAAUAAAAUUAAAAACGAAACUAUUUAUCAACUUGUCUACGUAUAGGAUCGUUAAAAAAUAAUUUUUUUUUCCUUUUGGUUGUAGGGAUAUUGUGUAUCAUUAUUGAACUUCGCCGACUCGCGUGACAACUGCAAUUUAAAUUCGGGUCGCGCAAUAUCGCCUUUGCGACUUGCUUGUCUUUCGUCUUAACAUUUCAUACUAUACAUUCCGACGGUGAUUUUACUAUGCAAUUUAGAAUUUUAUAUCUUUCGAUCAGCAAUAUAUAAUUAAUAUUAUUCGUAACAAUCACUGUACUAAUUACAGUGGUGUAAAUAUAAGUACAAUACUGACUUUAUUUUUAAUUACCAUAAUGUCUUACCAUGCUGUAAAAUGUAUUGAUCGUUUUUGUUGCAUAUCAUGAAGAUACCGAAAACUUUUGAACGUGUUAUUUGUUAUUUUUACUUUGUAAGACGUAAAAUAUAUAUUAUUGUAAUAACAUAAACUAUUAAUAUUACAUUUAAAAAAUAUUAACUAUUUAUAUUGUUAUUAUAUAGCUUUGAUUGUUAUAGUUAAGAUUGAAAAGACAUAAUACAUGGCCGUACGUCUUAUCGUAUCUAAAUAUUUAGAUACACUGAGAAAAAAGAUAAGUACCUACCCAGGUAUUUAUUUGGAAUACCAAAUUAACGCAUAUAUAUAUUAGUUGGACUAUAUUCAUUAUCAAAUACCUACCGGUUAUAUUACGGUGUAGUGAUCUUUAAAAAAAUAACUUAUUAGAAAUUUGUCCCAAAUGUGGAAGACAUAACUCGACAUUCCGCGUUAAAGUCAAUAUCGACGUAUUUCAUGUUAAAAUAUUUAUAUUAUUAUUAUUAUUAUUAUUAUACGUACAAGUAUGUAUCCUCAAAAAUGUAUUGUGAUAAAACAUUUUAGACGUUCCGUUAUUAGAGUAUAUUAUUUGUUUGCGUUAUUAUUUUGUUAUUCUUGACGAAAUUACGUUUGAUCGAUUGCUGAAGAAGUUAUUUAUGUUUUCGAUUAAAUUAAUAAAAAAUUAUAUUGAAAUCUUUCUAAUGUUCAUCUAUUCCAUCAUGUUAUUUUGUUUGCGGCAUACGAACACCUACGUAUUUUAUUUAUGUUGUAUUUGAAUGUUUUUGUUUUUUAUUAGUGUUUAAAAAUGUUUGGAUGUUCGUUAUUAUUUACCAAUUUACCUAACUAUUAUUAUACCUAUCUAUAUUAUUAUUAUCAUCAUCAUCGUACGAAUCAUUUGAUUCCUAUCACAUGUAAGAAACAUUUUAUUGUAAAGUAUAUUUUUAUUUAGUUCAGUAUGUUUGUUAUAAUAAUAAGUACACAUAACAAUACAUUAAUUAAGUGUUUAUAAUUAUAUUAUGUAUAAACGAGUAUACAAUAUAUUCAGUAUUCAGUGUAUAACUAUACAACACAUUUAAGACUAUAAAUAUAAAAAUAAUUUCAAAACUAAC